GUCCGGUUAACUGACUUGGUUCUUUUUCACUUUCCGAUCAAAGCGCGUUUGUUGGCUUCUGUAAAGCGGCCCGUUCGGCUCCAGCCAGGCGGAGCUCGGUGUCUGACCCUCCGCAGCGGAUCGCGUGUUUCUGGGAGGUGGAGAUGGAAGCUGCCGGUCCUGCUGGAAGCUGAACCCGGCUGCUGGUCGGGGUUUGGGGCCUUCGGGGUCCGCGGGGAGCCGCCGCUAGCCGGCUAGGAGCCAUUAGCAGCUGCUCCUCCUGCUGCUCCUCCUGCUCCUCCUCAUCCUCCCGCUGAGAAUGUUGAUGUGUUCCUGUGAGAAAGUGGAUUUCAGCAUCGCCUCCCGGACCGUGACCCGGCUGGUUUUCGAGGCCGAACAGGACGGUGGAACCGCAGGAACCUCUUCCAAUGGGAGGUAGACUUUGAUCGCUUUCUGCCUUCAGCUCCUCCAAACGGGUCGGAUGGCGCAGAGACGCUCCUGAAGUUCUGACCCGCGCUGCGGGAGGAAAGGACUGCGUUCUGGGAGCGAUGCUGAGGCAGAUGGCGGCUGGAGGGAUGUUCUGAUCCAGAGAGCGUCGUUCUGCCGGGUCCGCUGUGACGGAACCUCUGCCUCGUUCUUCUGCUCUGUGCUUCUGGCCGCCAAACCGUUUCAGCCUGACAGGAAAUGCGGCCCAACGGAUCGGCGCCGGCAGGUUGCUCUCUGCUUUCAUCAGAAGCAGCGUCGCCAUGACUGAAUCGGACCCGGCGGCUCGUUAGGGACUCAGAGAGCCAGAAGAUGACCACGUCCUCCCGGGUCAGAACCCAGAGCGCCACUCUGACCCAGCCCAUCCCGGUACCGACCCUGACCGUCCUGCCGCCGUCCUCGGACACGGAGUCCUGGUCCCGCUCCCCCAGCCCCGGGCCGCCGCGCUCCGGCCCGCUCAGCCAGUCCCACCGCAGCCGGACCAGAACCAAGAGGAGGCAGGAGGAACCGGCCCAAACUCCGACGUUUGAUGUGGAGUCUGUGCAGAGGGGCCCGGCCCGGCGGCGCCGCCACGCCCCCUCAGAGAGGCAGAGGGAGGACAGUCCUUCCCAGGUCCUGCUCCUGCCGCCGGCCCGGUCCUGGUCCCGGAGCCCCUCCCCCAGCCGGCGGUCCCGCUGGUCCCUCAGGAGCCUGCUGAGCAGAGACUCGGACCUGGACAGCUGCAGUACGGCCAGUAACUCUCCACGCAGCACCCCCGGCAGCUCCCCCUCCUUACGCCGGAGGGUCCUGGGGGGGGGCAAAGCCAGCGAGGGCGAAGGAGGAGCAGAGAAGAGCGGGGGAGGGGGAGGAGGUUCUGACAGCCCGCUGCCCUCCGUGCCCUCCGCCUCCUCCCUGUCCUCCGCCUACCCGCUGGCGUCCCGCCACUUCAGCCGCAAUGCCAAGAAAAUGCAGAGCUGGUACAAUGUUCUCAGUCCCACCUACAAACAGCGCAACGAGGACUUCCGCAAAAUCUUCAAGAAGCUUCCAGACACCGAGCGGCUUAUAGUGGACUACUCCUGCGCUCUGCAGAAGGACAUCCUGCUUCAGGGACGCCUCUAUCUGUCAGAGAACUGGCUCUGCUUCUACAGCAACAUCUUCCGCUGGGAAACCACAAUCACCAUCCAGCUCAAAGACGUGACGUCGAUGACCAAGGAGAAGACGGCCAAGCUCAUCCCCAACGCCAUCCAGAUCAACACUGAGAACGAGAAGCAUUUCUUCACGUCAUUCGGGGCGAGGGAGCGCAGCUUCAUGAUGAUUUUCCGCCUGUGGCAGAACGCGCUGCUGGACAAGUCUCUGUCCCCCAAAGAGCUGUGGCACAUCGUGCACCAGUGUUACGGCACCGAGCUGGGCCUGACCAGCGAAGACGACGACUACGUCUCCCCCAUCAGCGAGCACAUGAACGGCCUGCUACCUGGAGACGAGUCGGUGUCUGUCACUGACCUGUUGGACCUGAGCACCGUGUCGGCCCCGUCUGCCGGCAGCUCCCCCCCUUCUGCCUCGGUCCACUGCGGGCUGACCAGCCCGGCGUCGGCCCCCGCCCUCAGCGGGACCUUCCUGCCCUCCUCUGCUUCCUGUCCGCCCAUAGAGGUGCCCUCCUCUUCAGGAAGCAGGCUGGGCUCCGAGCCGCUGGAGCCCAGCCCCCCCAGCUCCCACGGCUCGCUGCCCACCAUCAGCCCCUCCGUCAGCGCCUCGGUCUCUGCAGCUGCAUCCUUCACCCUAGACGAAGGAGGGGACAGUCAGUCCGAGUCGGCCAAUCCUAUGCCGCCGCCGCCAGCAGCUGCCAGUCUGGGAAACCUCUCCUCAUUGGACAUCACCAACGACGAAGAGCUGCCCACUGACCCCAGCAACUCGUCCGACACGCAGGAGGAGACUUCAGGUGAGGUGGAGGCGUUCUGCGCCGACCUGAGCGGGCGCCUCAACAUCAACACGGUGGUGAGGAUGAGCGUGGACAAGCUGCACGACCUGCUGUUCUCCGCAGACACUCACUUCAUCCAGCACCUCUUCUCUCAGAGACACUUCACCGACCUGUCGGUGGGUGAAUGGCAGCAGGACGCCAGCAGCGGGACCUCCAGCCGCGUCCUGAGCUACACCAUCGCCCUCAACAACCCGCUGGGCCCUAAAACGGCUCCCGUGGUCGAGACGCAGACGCUUCAUAAGAGCUCCUCCAGAGGGGAGUGCUACGUGGUGGACUCUGAGGUCAUCACCUCAGGAAUCCCGUACCAGGACUACUUCUACACCGUCCACAGAUACUGCCUGACCUCCAUCAACAAACACAAGAGCCGAAUCAGAGUUUCCUCAGACAUCUGCUACAAGAAGCAGCCGUGGAGUCUGGUCAAAGCGCUCAUAGAGAAGAAUACCUGGAGCGGCAUCGAGGAGUACUACAGGAACCUGGAGGGCGAAGUCUGCAAGCUGGAGACCCUGCUGCAGACUGAGGUUUCCGUGGUAACCACAGCCGAGGACGCGGGUCCGGACGCCGCAAAGACCCCGCCCUCCCUGCGACGGCGAAAACGCACCUGCUCCAGGAGGCAGAGCGAGAGGGAGGGAGGCGGCGCUGAGGGCGGAGAGCGAGGAGAGCGAGGAGCGGGAGAAGAGCGGAACCGAAGGGAGACCAGCUCUCAGUUCAUGAAACUGGGCGAUCGCUCUCGCGGUGGAGGACCCACCAGCAUCUCCACCAUCCUCCUCAUCGUCAGCUUCAUGAUCUGUAUCAGCCUGGUGGUGCUGGUCGUCCUCAACAUGCUGCUGUUCUACAAGCUCUACGCUCUGGAGAAAGCGGCUCACACCCUGGAGAGGUGGCACUCCUACUCUGUGGCUGACAGUCCUCUGCCCCAGACGGCCGGGGAGUGGGCCCAGGUCCUGCACCUCCAGAGGCAGUUCCACCAGGCCCAGCUCAGCAAGUGGCAGCAGAUCCUGCAGUCCUCCGUGUCCCUCCUGGACCAGAUGAAGCAUUCUCUGGAGAAACUCCACAGAAACAUCGAGGUACCGGAGCUGCAGGACCCCCCCGACUCCCUGGCAGAGCCCCCGUCUGAGACCUGAGCCCCCCCCAAUCAGAAUCGGGUCCCGGUCGGACCGCUCCUUCCUCAGCUCUCCUCCUGACUGACUUGAAGUAGCUUCAGACGCCUUUAGCUUCGACCAAUGAGAAGCUUCCAGAACCACAGCAAUAACCCCCCCACCCCGCCAGCUGGGUCCCAUGUGUAUAUAAGUGAACCGGCCCACUGGUGGGCCCAGAACCUGACCUGCUGCCUUCUCCGGAUCGGUUCCACCCUGAGACGGACCAUCUUAGUAUUUAUUAGAACCUCUGAAGUCUCGUCCUGCUUCCAGCGGUCAUGUGACGGCUGCUCUGCGCUCUGAUUCGCUGGUUUUGGACCAACCAGAUGCAGCAAAAAUGAUUUCUGAAUGUUUCCCUGCUGCUGGUUUAGAUCAACACUGAGGAAGAAGAUGAUGUGAGUGAAGAAGAGGAGCGGGUGCGUUGCCAUGGUUACGUUCUCCUUGUUUUUGCUCAUUUUUCUUUGUUUUUUUUUUUUUGUCCAAAUCUUCAUUUUCCAGCCGAAUCAGAACAAAACGGACCAAGCAGAACUUUUCAGACCCGGAGCAUCAAAAAGGGAAACAGUAUUUUUUUUUUUUUUUGUGUUAAAUGAUCAGAAUUUGCUUUUCAUUUUUUUUUUAUUGCUUUUCCACUUCCUGUUGUCGUUUUCUGAGGUCCUUUCAUUUCUGAGAAUCGGUUCAUCGUUUCUUCUUCUGCUCCGAGCUUCAGCUGAAGCUCGAUGGCCCUGCUGUGCACGGUCACCAUGGAAACGAACAGCUGAUGUAUUUAUUAUUAAAGGUUUAGGAGAGAAUGUUCUGUAAAGUUAUGAUUGUAAAAAAAGCAAAGAAGCAGAGAAAUGAAAAUCCUAAAACAUGAAACGAUCCUCCUUCUGUUUUUGUUUUUUCUUGGUGUGAAAAAAUACUGGAAGAAUAGAUAAAUAACUGUUUAAAUAAUCAAAAUAAAAUUUUAAUUAAA